AUGGCACCAGAGAUUCACCCCGUUCUAGGGUUUCCGGAGUCAACGCAAACUGUCUCCGUUUCCCUGAUUGAUUGUGGUGCUCGCCUAGAUCUUCCCGCAGAACACUUCUUAUUUCCAAAUAUAGAAGGCCACGAGCGCCUUCGAGUCCCUUCUUAUUCAUUUCUAAUAACCCACCCAUCGAAAGGCCGGGUACUAUUUGAUCUCUCCCUACGAAAGGACAUUCAGAAUGUCGCCCUAGCCGUGGCCGAUCGCAUAAACAAUCCAAGUGUGGGAUGGAAAGUGUCAGUUCCCCAGGACGUGCCGGAUACACUGAUCGCGAAUGGAAUUGAACUACGCGAGAUCAAAUCUAUCUUUUGGUCUCAUCAACACUUUGAGCAUAUAGGCGAUCCAUGCAAAUUUCCGAGCAGCACAGAACUAGUUGUCGGCCCGGGAUUCACGGAGGCAUAUACCCCAGGGUAUCCGGAUGACCCGGAGUCCCCGGUGAAAGCGGCUGAUUUAAAGGGGCGCCGAGUAAAUGAACUCGAUUUCGAUUUCGACAAUAGCCGAGAGUCUAUUUCUAUCGGACGCUUCAAAGCUUUUGACUGGUUUGAAGAUGGAAGUUUCUAUCUACUAGAUGUUCCGGGCCAUGCGGCUGGUCAUAUCUGUGCGUUUGCUCGUGUAAAGCCUGAUUCUUUUAUCUUAAUGGGCGGGGUGAGUGUCGAUUGGGGAUUCGGAUGUUACGAUAAUGGCACUAACAAACUUCAGGAUUGUGCCCAUCAUCCCGGAGAAUUUCGGCCUUCGAAGAUUGCUCCCAUCCCGAAAGAUCUUACUCCUUUGCAUGUAGCGGUACAUUCGAAACAGGCGACCGUAUCCCCCGGGAACAUCUCUGAGAAGAUCAAUAAGGAGUCCGAUAUCGAACGGGCACCUAUCUAUAAGCCUGCUGAAAUGUUUACUUACGAAAUGCCAAGACACAAGUGGAGUCUCCAAGGUAUCCAAGAACUUGACGCCUGUGAAAAUGUGCUUGUGAUAAUAGCCCAUGAUGGCGGGAUUCUUCCUGUACUCCAACAGGCGAAUGGGAAAGAACCGUCCUACCUUUUCCCGAGGGGGGAAUUGAACGAAUGGCAAGAUAAUGGAAUCAAGGAGGCUAUUAAGUGGCAGUUCUUGUCUGAUCUAGCAGUUCGUUCUUGA